AUGAAAUUUAUUGAAUUCCAUUAUGAAGCCCAAAGUUCAUUUUGGACCAAUGUCCAUCUAUCCUCGUAUCCACAAUUUCCACACCCCAUAUUAUCGUCAUCACCUCCUCUCUCCCCUCUUCAUAUCAAGCCAAUAGAGAAUCCUUGUCUCAUUGUAGUCAAGCUUAAACGAUGGGAACGGAAGGAAUGUAAACCGAACAGCCUUCCGGUUUUGCAUAAAAUGCAUGUUAAGGUCGGAGAUACGAUUAAAGUGAUUUCAGGCCGUGAUAAGGGCAAGAUUGGAGAGAUAAGCAAGAUCUUCAAGCAUAACAGCACCAUUGUAGUGAAAGAUAUAAACCUCAAGACUAAGCAUAUGAAGAGCAGAGAAGAGGGUCAACCGGGACAGAUAAUCAAGAUCGAAGCACCGAUCCACAGCUCAAAUGUGAUGCUGUAUUCAAAAGAGAAAGAAGUGACCAGCCGGGUGGGUCAUAAAGUGUUGGAUGACGGGAAAAAAGUCCGGUACCUCGUAAAGACCGGAGAAAUCAUCGACAGUGACGAAAACUGGAAGAAACUGAAGGAAGCUGCCGAAGAGAAAACUGAAGUAGCUGCUGCUGCUCCUGCAGCUGAUUCCCCUUGAGCCUAGCCUAGCCUAUAAUGUCAUAAUUUUGAAAAUAUU